AUGCUUGAUUUUCGCUUCCUGUCCAGCAGCUCCAGAUGGGGCAGAUCAAUGCGCGCAUUCCAGCUCAUUUUAACUGUAGCGGCAUGUGAUUUCAGCCCGUAAUGUCCGCGCGCUGGAUUGAGCACAAUGCAGUGAAUAUGGUGCCACUUGGAAACACAGAGCUCUGCGCACAAUUUACUUUGCAAUUACUUUUGAAGCCAUUAAUACGGAGUGAAACCGCAGCUGUCUCGGUUGUUUUAUUGAGGUGACUACAGAGCCAUGAGGUCCUCAUCCUCACGUUUAUCAAGUUUUUCCUCCAGGGAUUCUUUAUGGAGUCGGAUGCCGGAUCAGAUCUCGGUGUCCGAGUUUCUCUCGGAGACGACGGAGGAUUAUAAUUCCCCCACGACAUCAAGCUUCACCACCCGCCUGCAGAGCUGUCGGACCACGGUCAAUGUUCUGGAAGAGGCUUUGGACCAGGACCGAACAGCUUUACAGAAGGUCAAGAAAUCCGUCAAAGCAAUCUACAACUCGGGUCAAGAGCAUGUGCAGAAUGAGGAGAAUUAUGUGCAGGCACUGGACAAGUUUGGCAGCAACUUCAUCAGCAGAGAUAGCUCUGAUCUGGGCACAGCCUUCAUCAAGUUCUCCGGCCUUAUCAAGGAAUUGGCCGCUCUCCUCAAGAACCUGCUCCAGAGUCUCAGCCACAAUGUCAUCUUCACCCUGGACUCUCUGCUCAAAGGAGAUCUGAAGGGAGUGAAGGGGGAUCUUAAAAAGCCUUUCGACAAGGCUUGGAAAGACUACGAGACCAAGUUCACAAAGAUUGAGAAGGAGAAGAGGGAACAUGCCAAGCAGCACGGCAUGAUCCGUACAGAGAUCACCGGCGCAGAGAUCGCAGAAGAGAUGGAGAAAGAGCGGAGGAUCUUUCAGCUGCAGAUGUGUGAGUACCUGAUCAAAGUGAAUGAGAUUAAGACCAAGAAGGGAGUGGAUCUCCUGCAGAAUCUCAUCAAGUAUUAUCAUGCACAGUGCAAUUUUUUCCAGGACGGCUUGAAAACCGCUGACAAGUUGAAGCAGUAUAUCGAGAAAUUAGCAGCUGAUCUCUAUAAUAUAAAACAGACCCAGGACGAAGAGAAAAAACAGCUCACAGCUCUCAGAGACCUCAUUAAAUCGUCUUUACAACUGGACCAGAAAGAGUCUAGGAGAGAUUCUCAGAGCAAACAGAGCGGUUACAGUAUGCACCAGCUGCAGGGCAAUAAGGAGUUUGGCAGUGAGAAGAAGGGCUAUCUGUUUAAGAAGAGUGAUGGGAUCCGUAAGGUGUGGCAGAGAAGGAAGUGCUCAGUGAAAAAUGGCAUUCUCACAAUCUCCCAUGCCACAUCCAACAGGCAGCCGGUGAGACUGAAUCUGCUGACCUGCCAGGUUAAACCCAGUGGAGAGGAUAAGAAGUGCUUUGACCUCAUCUCCCAUAAUCGAACAUAUCAUUUCCAGGCAGAGGAUGAACAGGAGUUUGUGAUAUGGAUCUCAGUGCUGACGAACAGUAAGGAGGAGGCUCUGAACAUGGCGUUCCGUGGGGAGCAGAGUGCUGGAGAGGACAAUUUGGAAGACUUGACCAAAGCCAUCAUCGAGGAUGUGCUGCGCAUGCCUGGAAAUGAAGUCUGUUGUGACUGUGGCGCACCAGAGCCUAAAUGGUUAUCCACUAACCUGGGCAUCCUGACAUGCAUCGAGUGCUCAGGGAUUCACAGGGAAAUGGGAGUCCAUAUUUCACGCAUUCAAUCCAUGGAACUCGACAAACUCGGAUCCUCUGAACUCUUGCUGGCUAAGAAUGUGGGUAACAGCAGUUUUAAUGAAAUAUUAGAAGGGAAUCUGCCAAGUCCUUCACCAAAGCCAGCACCAUCAAGUGACAUGACUGAGAGGAAGGAGUACAUAAAUGCGAAGUACAUGGAGCACAGGUUUGCUCGGAGGACAGCCACUACAGCCACAGCCAGACAGGGCGACUUGUACGAGGCUGUGAGAACUCGAGACCUGAUGGCUCUUAUUCAGCUCUAUGCAGAUGGAGUGGAGCUAAUGGAUCCAUUUCCAGAAGCAGGACAAGACCCGGGAGAGACAGCGCUGCAUUUUGCUGUGCGGACAUCAGACCAGACCUCGCUGCACCUGGUGGACUUUCUUGUCCAAAACAGUGGAACUCCAGACAGACAGACAGAUAGUGGAAACACUUCUCUCCAUUACUGCUGCACAUAUGAGAAGCCAGAGUGUCUCAAACUGCUGCUCAGGGGAAAACCAUCUAUUGACCUGGUAAAUCAAAAUGGGGAGACGGCUUUGGACAUUGCCAGACGACUGAAAAAUGCACAGUGUGAAGAUCUACUGGCAGAGGCAGCAGCCGGGAGGUUUAAUCCGCACGUGCAUGUGGAGUAUGAGUGGAAUCUGCGGCUGGAGGAGAUUGACGAGAGUGACGAUGACCUAGAUGACAAGCCCAGUCCAGUGAAGAAAGAGCGUUCUCCCCGACCUCAAAGCUUCUGUCAUUCCUCAAGCGUGUCCCCUCAGGAGAAGCCGUCUUUGCCAGGGUAUUUAGGACACAGAGACAAACAGCGACUGUCCUAUGGAGCCUUUGCUAGUCCCGUCUACAGCACCUCCACUGAUACACCUGCAUCUCCAGUAUCAGAGGGACCCACAACAGCCAGCAAGACCACUUCAAAAGCUCCGUCCACUGGACCGCCCACCUCCCUGCCACUGGGAUCGCAAUCAAGUGCAGGAGGCAGCUCCACUCUGUCUAAGAAGAGAGCGCCUCCUCCACCUCCCGGACACAAGCGCACCCUCUCAGACCCCCCCAGUCCCGUACUUCAGGGCCCGCAGAGCAAAGGAAGUGAGUCCACACCUCCUUCUGCAAAUCGGACGUCCCCAGCCAAUAAGUUUGAGGGAAUUCAGCCGCAGCAAAGCACUCCUUCUAUGAACACAAAAGCAACAUUUGGCCCACGAGUUCUUCCCAAACUACCUCAAAAAGUGGCAUUACGAAAGAUUGACACAAUCCACCUCUCCUCAGUGGACAAGUCCGGUCCUGAUGUGCUCCAGAAAUCCCCACAGGCCCAGGACACGCCUCCCACAAGAGCUUCAGAUACAAUAACUAGACCCACUGAGCCGCCACCUAAAAUCCCACAACCUGCAGAACGCUCCCAGCCUGUGGAGGUGCCGCAGAAACCGCAUAUCUCAGACCUUCCCCCUAAACCGCAGCUAUCUGAUCUUCCCCCAAAACCACAAUUGUCGGAUUUACCUCCAAAACCCCAGCUUUCUGACCUGCCCCCGAAACCUCAGCUUAAGGAUCUUCCUCCUAAGCCACAGCUCUCUGACCUCCCAUCCAAGCCUACCAUGUCUUUAGCAGCUGAGACCACACAGAGGCAAACAACGCAGGAGGACACAAGUCCAAAGCCCCAGCUGACAGAGGUGCAGUCAUCCAGUCAGCAGGAGGAGCUCUCUCCAAGACAGGCCAGUGAGGACACUAAUGGUGCACCUGCAGGAACUGUGGAGAUGCCUGUCCCGAUGCCACGGAAAAUAAACACAGUGGGAAAGAACAAAGUAAAGCGUGUGAAAACCAUCUAUGAUUGCCAAGCGGAUAAUGACGAUGAGUUGACUUUUGCGGAGGGGGAGGUUAUAAUUGUAACAGGAGAGGAAGACCAGGAGUGGUGGAUUGGGCACAUAGAGGGUCAGCCUGAAAGGAAAGGGGUCUUCCCAAUGUCCUUCGUGCACAUUCUGUCAGACUGACAGCAUAUAACCGGCAGGCGAGAGGCUCUCUAACUAGCACAAGCUCUGCUCUCUCUGGACUCAUACUGGACUGUGAGCAUUGCCUCUGUACAUAGCUGCUGAAACCCAAACGGACUCCAGACAAACAAAACAUGAAGUAUCAAACCCAUGCUCCCUUAAUCCUCAAGGGUGAAAUGUGUAAACUAUGUGUUGUUCAUAAAUUGUGUUAUCCUGCCUACCAGUAUUAUUGUAGCCAUGUCAACCCAGCAUCCCAAACUGGGUUUGCAGUAGCUAUACUUGGAAAUCUAGCACUUAACAUGUAUGCUGUAACUUUGUGUAUGUGUACACAUAUAGAAUUAUAUGUAUGUCCAUUUUAAUUGUGUCUUUGUACAUACAUAUGCACAGAUGUAAGUGUAUAUUUAUGUACGUAUGUAUAAUGUACAAGUGUGCAAAUAUAUGUUAACCCUGCUUGCUUAUGGAGCCACAGUGACUCUAGACAUUUUAGUGUACUAUUUUAAAAGAAAAAAAGAUCAUCUCUUGAAUUUUUAGAAGACAUAGAAGCAAGAAUACAAGUUACUUAAAUACUAUACCAGUGUUGAAAUUCCCAUCAUAGUGGGAUUCUGGUCAGGGAUCAAAACCAAAAUGUAAAGGUUUGAACAUCUCAUCUGCUAUAAAUGAACAAUCAAAAUAUGCAUUCAUUCAGUUUGCAUUGCUCGCAAAAAAAAGCCAGAAGUCAUCUUUAUUCUGAAUGCCUCAGUGAGUAGGAGACUGUAUCCAAGGAUGUUACCACAUAGAAUCAGUAAUAAUUUAAGAAUUAACCACUAAAGAGCUCAUGUCGAUCAAACAUUUCAGUGUAUGGUUACGGCCUUGGUUGCAUGUGCAGGACUGCUUCAUUCCUUCCCCAUUGUCAUUUAAUGCCAAAUUUGACAAAACCGAUGCCUCAGCUCUGGGAAAGUGUCCUUGUCAAUAUUAUUUUAUUAGAUCAUACAACUGCGUACAUUAUUCAUCUGGUCUCUGGUGAUUAUUCAUGAAUCAUGCAUAAUUUAUAAAGAUUCACUCAUACAUGGAUCUGACUGGUCAAACGUUGUUGGCUUUGUAUAAAAAUGUUUAGGAGUUUUGUUGUUUGCUUACAGUGACUGUGGAAUGUGAUUUCUUUUGGUUUGUUUUGUUCAAGUUGAAAUGAACUGCAAGGUGACCCGGCAGUGAGUGACUGACUCGGUACGUCUCAGAAUGAACUUACGCUGCCUGUUUUCACGUUACCCUAUCAGGGAGACCAGCAUUCAUUCUUGGUUUUUAACUAUUAUUCUAUUAACAAAAGAAGAUGUAUUAAUGAAUGCCACCUGUACUAUAUUUGAUGAUGAUAGUAUUUGACAUUUAUAGGGCUAAAGUGUUUCAGCAUUGAGAAAGAUGGACCCUUUAAAUGUAGUUUAUUAUGGGUUUUGUUUCUCUGUUUUAGGUCAUGUUACAAUUAAAUAUUAACUAAGGAAUAAAUAACAGGAAUUCAGCACAAAGAACAUCUCUGCUCCAUGAACAAGACAGAACAACUUCAAGAUUUGUUGUAUAAAGUUGUGGACGCACCAUUCCUGGACUGUUUUGUUUAGACCCCUAUGAUGAGCCCACCGUUGGACCACGUCUAUCUGUUUAGAUGUUCAAUCCAGCACAACUCCAGAUCAUGGAUUCUUGUGUUGCUAAUAUUGUAGCAUAUUAAAGUCUGGAAACAGUCAAAAGGACAACUUCACAUUUAAGUGAAUAAACUGGAUUCAAUCCUGAUGUUAAAUUUAGGAUGAAUUUUGUCACUCUCUUGUAUCUUUUAUUUCAUCUGUGUUUGCUGCACUGUAAGUUCAGUCAGAAAGAAAAUCAAACUUGGCUAUCAAGUCUUCAAAUCUCAAAAUAAAGACUUCACGUUGAAACCA